CACACACGCCUCCCCACCAGCUCCUCCGAGUGUCUAAUACACUGGAAAAUCAAAGCGCGAGCCUCCCCCGUUCACACACCACCGGUGUUGCGCUUGGAGCACAACACACAGAGAGAGAGAGAGAGAGAGAGAGAGAGAGCGAGAGAGAGGGAGAGAGCGGCGCUUCCACUCUCAUCUCUUGUCCCCUCAGCUCAACUACCCAGUGAAGUUAUCUAUAAACAUAGAUGUUACAAACUUAUAUGUGAAGAUUCUUUGAACUGGGGCCAGGAUCUGCUUCUGUGUUUACUUUUCUGCUGAAUGGCCCCAUGAAGAGAAAGAUGUCCUGGUGAGGUGAUUUUACGCACGCCGCUGAAAUGGAUCGCAGACUCUCCAGAGGCAGUUGGGUGCCGGUGACUGGACUGGUUAUAUGUCUGCUUCUGUGUGCGUGUGUCGUGGACCUGGUUCUGGCGCAAAUUCGGUACUCCAUCCCGGAGGAGCUGGAGCAUGGAGCUUUUGUGGGCAACAUCGCCGAAGACCUGGGCUUGGAUGUGGCUAAGCUGUCAGCCCGUCGGUUUCGCAUCGUCUCCGGCGCAAAUAAGCAGUAUUUAGAGGUGAACUUGGAGAAUGGCAUUCUCUUCGUCAACGAAAAGAUAGACAGAGAGGAGCUGUGUGAAAGAAGCCCGAGCUGUUUUUUACACUUACAAGUGGUUAUUGAGAACCCAUUAGAACUAUACAGAGUGGAAGUGGAGAUUCUCGAUGUGAAUGACAACUCUCCUAAUUUCCCAUGGAGCGAGUUUAACCUCGACAUCACAGAGUCGGCGGCGCCCGGCUCCUGUUUCCCGUUGGAGAGCGCACAGGACCAGGACGUGGGCACCAACUCUCUGCGCUCUUACCAGCUAAGCGCAAACGAGCACUUCAUACUGAAUAUCCAGACGCGCAACGAUGGGAGCAAGUUUGCGGAGCUCGUGCUGGACACGCCACUGGACCGGGAACAGCAGAAGAGACAUGAAAUGGUUCUGACAGCCAUCGACGGGGGGUCGCCGGAACGCUCCGGGACGGCGUUGAUAACUAUCAUAGUGUUAGACGCCAACGAUAACGUGCCCGUGUUCGACCGCUCAGUUUACCGGUCGAGCCUGGUGGAGAACGCAGCGAGGGGGACGCUGGUGCUGAAGCUAAACGCCACAGACCUGGACGAAGGCUCCAACGGAGAGGUGACCUACGCGUUUAGCGGGCACGCACCCCUGAAGGUGCGAGAACUGUUCAGCGUGGACCCGUACACGGGGGAAAUCCGAGUGAAGGGCAUUGUGGACUAUGAGAAAUCCAGUGUCUACGAGCUGUAUGUGCAGGCGAAAGACAGGGGACCUUCAGCUGUGGCAGUGCACAGUAAAGUGCUGGUAGACAUCCUGGAUGUGAAUGACAACGCGCCCGAAGUCAUCCUCACAUCAGUGUCCACACCUGUCCAGGAAGACGCGCCGCCGGGCACGGUCAUAGCUGUUAUCAGUGUCAUGGACCGGGACUCUGGAGAGAACGGGAACGUUGACUGUCAAAUUCCGAACAACGUUCCCUUUCAGCUCCAUUCAUCAUUCAAAAACUACUAUACUCUGGUGACAAGCGAGUUUCUGGACAGGGAAGCGGUGGCCGAGUACAACAUCACCCUCACAGCCCGCGACUUGGGCUCUCCGUCGCUUUCCACCAGGAAAACCAUCCUCGUCCAAGUGUCUGACAUUAAUGACAACCCCCCGCGGUUCUCUCAACCUUCAUACACAGUUUAUGUGACCGAGAAUAAUGCCCCGGGCGCUUCCAUUUGCUCCGUCACUGCAUUCGACCCCGAUUCCAACCAGAACGCCUAUCUGUCUUAUUCUAUUCUCGAGGGUCAGAUUCAGGGCAUGCCCGUGUCCACUUAUGUCUCCAUCAACUCUGACAACGGCAAUAUCUACGCACUGCGCUCUUUUGAUUAUGAGCAACUUAGAAACUUUCAGAUCCUGGUCCAGGCGCAGGACGCUGGUUUCCCCCCUCUCGCCAACAAUGUCACAGUCAAUGUCUUUGUCUUGGACCAGAACGAUAACGCGCCUGCUAUUGUAUCCCCGCUGCCCAAAAACGGCACCGUGGCCACAGAGGUGGUUCCACGGUCAGUGGAUGCUGGGUAUCUGGUUACCAAGAUAACAGCGUUAGACGCAGACGCGGGGCAAAACUCCCGGCUGUCCUAUCAGGUAUUACAGGCUACAGACCCGGGACUGUUCAGCGUGGCUCUGUACACAGGCGAAAUCAGGACUAUACGCCGGUUAGUGGAGAAAGACGCAACAAGGCACAGACUGGUAAUAUUAGUCAAGGACAACGGGCAGCCGCCGCUCUCCGCCACCGUCUCCAUUGUCCUCACGGUGGUGGACAGCGUGCCCGAGUCGCUGUCAGAUUUCGGAGACCUCACUCUCAGCCCACAGCCCCCCUCCAACCUCGCUCUCUACUUGAUCGUGUCACUGAGCACAAUAUCUCUAAUAUUCCUGGUGGCUAUCAUCGUGCUGGCCGCGGUGAAGUGCUACAAGGAUAGGGAGACCCACAGCGGGUACAACCUGCCCCCGUUCGCCUGCUGCUGCUGCGGCGGGUUCCAGCCCGAGCCGCCCCCGGAGGUGUUCAAAAAAUCCAACCUCAACCUGCAGAUUUCCUCCGCGGCCAAAGUGCCCACAAACUGCAUGGAAGUGAACGGAAACAGCAGCCUCUCGCAGUCAUACUGUUAUAAAGUGUGCCUGACCCCCGAAUCUGCCAAGAGUGACUUUAUGUUCCUGAAGCCGUGCAGCCCCGGCAGCACGCCGAGGAACAACGAGGCGAAGAGCGCAGAAAACUCGUGGAACGCACAAAGCCGGAGCGCAUCUGUGAACAACGGAGCAACUACUCCCAAUGAGCUAAAGCAGCCAAACACAGACUGGACUCUGACAAAAAACCAGAACUCCUCCAUAAAAAGUUACAACUCUAUCAACAUGGAUGGCACCCUGAUGCGUAAGGCCAUGCACGCAGACCCAGAGAACUACGUCACGUCCAUGGCACCUGGACAGUACUGGACCUGGGGUACUCACAUGAGAGGCGUGAAAGUUGGGUCUCUUCAUUUGUUAAUACAAGAUGUCUCCAUCAACCAGUGGGGUCACCUCUCGCCCCUGGACUCCUCGCUGCACACCUCCUCCUCAGCAGCAGCAGCCGCCGGCGGUGCCCCCCACCCCCACACACCCGCCCCUGACUACCACCACAACGUGUACAUACCCGGGACACCGUCGGGCUUUUGCACCCUGAGGCCCACUGUACAGCGGAGUGAGCUGGACGUCCACAACGCCUUCUCCACCUUUGGCAAGAGGCGGCGUAUGCAGAUGUCCCCCCAGGGAGAGGCUGCGAUUAUAAAUAAUGACUUGUACAACGACUGACUUUUAAAUGGCUGUCUGACAGGAUGAUGAAAAUGAUGGAUAACCUCAUGUGAAUACAGAGCAAGAGACCGUUCAGUAUAUAAAUUAAUGAACAUAUGAUUUACAGCUGGUAUGAAAGAUAUACAGGAUGCGCAAUUCACUGAGUAAUAGAAAUAAUGAAUGAACAAUCCAUAUUGGCUAAAAUGCUGACGGGAAAUAAAUUCUAAUAAAGUAUUUAUGUGAUAAGUCACUGCAACAUAGUCCUUGUAUGUGUCUGUCCAUUAUUAUUUUUAUUAUUGUUAUUAUUUAGACAAUCAAACUCGAGCAGCGGUUACAUCCAAAAUGUUUUGAAAAGCAUUAGCGGACAACAAUUUUGCACAUCCUAAUGAAUUUAUAUUUCUAAGUUCAAUCAAUGAAAACAUUUGCUUUAUUUUCUUUUAUAUGUUUGGUUGCUAAUAGAGCUUGCGUGAAUAUGACAAAUAGUAUCAUAAUGUAUAUGCAAGCUGCAACUUGACGCAGGCUACUGUAAAGAUGGGGGAUUUCCCCCUCACGUGUACUGUAUACAUUUAUGAAAAUAAAGUAUUUUUUUUCACCUGG